GGAGAGCGAGGCCGGAAGGCCGGCCCUGCGGGGAGUGAAGAGGGACGAGGCGAAGGGAAGCUCCGCGGACACGCCUGUCUGGGCUUUCGCCCGCCUUGGGGAAAGCGGCUUCGGCGGCGGCGGGAGGGGAACGAGCCAACCAGCAGCAGCAGCAGCAGCUGCCGCCUCCUUGUCCACAGGAGAGGAAGCAGGGGAGGUAACUGAGCAGCAGCAGCAGCCGGGGAAGGGAGGUUUUCUCUCUCGCCGAGUGAGAGGCUGGGUGGAGGAGGGCUGGGGAAGGGGCUGCAGCCACUCACGCGCCCACCUCCCUCCCUUGGGGUGGUGUCAACCCCGGCUAAGAAGACCCUCUUUUCUGCCAGGGGCUAGGCAGUCUCCGCGGCGGGGCAGCUGUCUCAGCUUUGCCGGGGCUGCGCCCGGGUCUACACGGCUCUCGCCGCCUCGUCCCGUGUGGAUGAGCGCCUGCCUUGUGCAAAAAGCUCCGUGUGCAGCGGGUGGGCUCGCGCGCGGGUCUGCUCUGCACGCUUGCCGCGCCCCGUGCAAAGGUCUUUGUUUUGUGUGGGUGUGUGAAUGGGAGGGAGGGGGGUCCCCGUCUCAAUCCACCACAAAUCCUUGCCUGCCUUCUUGCGAUCGCGAUCGCCAAGCUCCCCGGACUUGUGCGAGGCGCUGGUGCGGCGUUGGGAACGUGGGAGCGCUCUCUCUCGGGGUUUCUGUUUGUUUUGGUCGGGGCGCGCGCGCGCGUCUGCCUGUCUGCCUGCCCCCUCCCCAACUUUCCCCUCCCGAUUCGUGGAAGGCUGUAUGAGUGGCAAAGGUGAAGAAGGGGCCAGCGCGCAGCGUCGUCGGAAACCCAGGCGGGGAUUGCCCGAACUCUCUCUCUCUCUCUUUGGGUCUGCGAGUGUUUGAAAUCUGAACCCCGCGAACGUGGGAGUGGGGGUGGGGAGAGGGAGGCGUGCGAUCCGAGUUGGGAGCCCGACCGGCGGGCGGAGAGGUGCGAGGCCGCGGCGGGACGCCCUCCUCCCGGAGCAUGCAACUCCCGUGCAGCGAUGGAGGGUGGGGGCUGAAGCGAUCGGAGUGGCGGGCGGGGAUCUUUGUGCCGUGGGGCGCUGCUGCGUGCCUGUCCCCUCCGUUGCGGUGGGAGGGAGGGAGGGCGUGUGUCUCUCCGAAGCGGAGGAUCUGGGAAGCGAGCAGGCGGGCCAAGCGCUCGCUGGCUCGAGUGAGUCCGCUUUUCCUUGUUUCCCAUUCUUUCCCCCUAAGCUUAAAGACUUCAAGGCUCUGCAACCGGGGAGGCUUCCCUAGGAAAGCGAUCGUUGCAUCCUGCUGAAUCUUCUCCUCUCUUUCGGCUAUCGGCUGAAACGGGAAGCCCAGCCGUGCGGGACGCCCGGGGGGGGGGGUCGGGGGAAGAGACAAAGCCGAGGACAAAUGCAACGAGCGCGUCGCCGGCUGCUGGAUCCAACCGCGGGGAGGCGAGCCGAUGACAGCGACAGCACGCUGCCCAGCAACAAUGCCGGGGGACUUUUGGGGUGGAGGGGGGCGGGGAGAGAGAGAGAGAGAAGACGGUAAGUGGAAACGUGGCUCCUGUCUUGCUUCUGAUGCUCCAGAGCCCUGAACAAAGGCGGCUGUGAAAAAGCUGGAGGGCGGCAGGACCAGUAGGCAUAAUAGGAAGCAGGUACAAGGGAGGUUCAGAUGACCCAAGUUUUUUUUGGGGGGGGGGAGAGAAGGAGAUAGGAGGGUCCUUGGAUGAAUAUCAGUUUUCAGAAUUGGAUAGGGGGCUCUUUUGUGGCUUCAGGGUCACCUAUCUUGCUCAAAAAGGGCACAAAUGUGAAUCUAGCCAGUGCUAGUAGGGCUUUGUUGGGGUUUUUGUGCUUUUUUUGCUCCUCCGAUACUAAAAAAAGCCGGACGUAGUGUGCAUAAAGUGAAUUCUUUCUUAGGUUCUUCCUUAUUUUUGUGCCCUAAUAAGCAACUGGCUUCAGUUGAUUUACUUAAGAGUGGAAUACCCUGGUGCAUGUCAGCUAACAAGUGUUUGUGGUGCUUAAUUUCAGGUCUGGGGCAGAAAUGGGAGUGUUUUGACAUCUGCAGUUGAGACACCUGGAGUGUGAGAGUAGACCAUGAGACUGCAAAGAGAGCACUUGCUGAAUGUCUCCUUCUGCGCAAGAAGUUUGAGUGUUUCCAUCUCAUUGGAGACACGGUGUGUCAUAAUUUGAAGGGCUUCCUUGGACCACAGAAGCUUGCACAGGCUCCAGUGAACCACUUCUCGAUAAACAAGCCAGAUCCAUACAUUUUCAGUAAACAUUCACGGAACAGAAAAGAAGCCUUUUUUUGACAAGAGUCGCAUCUUGAUGUGGGCGGCGUUUUGAAGGGGGUUAUAAAAGCCGCAUAUUUUGGAAUGACUGGAAGCCUAGAGAGGCACAGAGAACAUGCAGGAACCGUGCGUGUCAGCAACUCAGCUUUUUUAAAUGUAUCAUCUGUAUUAGAGGGAAAUGCAUCACUAUAAGCUGCAGCUGUAGCCAUGGCAUUGCAUGACCUUUUAAGCCAUAUGAGAAGUAUUUCUGAGCCUUGGUAUCAAACGUAGCUUUAUUUCUAAAUCGGAUGAUCGGCAAUACACCAUGUGCUAAUCAGGAGAGCAUUUGGAUGGAAAGAUGCCUCUUCGGCUUUGCAAAGAUGCUACUGACCAUUAUGUGAGGGGAUGAAAGGUUCGCGGAUUGCAUUGCCCAGUGACCAAGCUCCAUGCUGCGCACGUGUCGUCUUGGAUUUAAGGACCUGCCUUGAGUGCAACUUUUAAAGAUGUGCUGUCGUUUCUGACCUGUCCCAGAGAAGAAAGUCUGUAAAAUGGCUCAAACCAGCUUGCUGCAGGGGAAACAGUUUUAUUGUAGAGAGUGGGUUUUUCACAAGCUUCAGCACUGCCUGCAGGAAAAGACAAGCUGCAGCAACAGCACUGCCAACAAACCAUCCGUUGUGCUGAACUCUGGGACUAAUACUUGCGUCGUCCCUGGCAAGGGAGCUGCCUGGGGUGUGUUGCUGGUAGGAGGGCCGGGUAGUGGCAAAACAGCCCUCUGUACUGAAUUACUGUGGCCGAGCUCUCCUGCCAGUCUGCAAAGGGGUUUACAUCACCAAGCCCUGGCUUUCCACUUCUGCAGGGCUCAGGACUCGGACACUCUCUGUGUGGGAGGCUUUAUCAGAGGGUUAGUGGCCCAAAUCUGUCGCAGUGGACUGAUUCAGGGAUUCGAGGACAAACUGAGAGAUCCUGCUGUUCAAAGUCUCUUGCAGCCUGGGGAGUGCGAGAGAAACCCAGCUGAAGCAUUUAAAAGGUAAAUCAAACAAAAAAACACCCACCCUGUAUCUGCUUCCUUCAUAUCUCCUGAUCAGAUAAAAACACAGCCCGCCAUAAAAACAGGUAAAACCUAUCUCUUACAUGGUAUUGUCUCCCUGCAUGAAUUGUUCCAAUGGCCCGUAUGGAAAAUACCCGUUUAUAGCAGAUGCUGCCAGACAAGAUACACUUGGAAACACAUUCCAUGUUGGCAUCUUCCAAAGAUUGCAUAGUAAUUGAAAACAGAGGCUUUAGAAGGGGCAGGAGGAGGGGAAUAAAGUGGAAGAGGUUUUUUCUUUUUCAUAUAACAAAAAGGAAACUGAUUCCAUGGUUGUAUUGACAAGAGGCCCUGAUUUUAAAGACACAGGUUUUCUUACUAGUGUUGUGAACUACUUCUGACUUGGAACUUUUGGGGAAGUCUAGAAACAAAGAGUAUCAAAAACAAAACAAAAUGUGUGAGGCAGUGGUUAUUGAGGGAUUUAAUGAAUUUAGUUUCAUCUUGGUGAUGCCAUGAAUUACUUCCAACUGUAACUUGAUUCCUCUAAAAAGAUUAGGCUUUAUGCAACAAGGGAAAUCCCAUAUUGGUCAACAUGAAAAAAGAUUGAGCUCACUUUUUUUUUUGGUUCUUUACUGUGAUACCUUCCAGGCCUUAUACCUGGGAAACAAUAAUUGAACUAGGAUUUUGAAGGAGGUUGAAGAGCUGACAUGAGGGUUUAACAAGGGUCUCAUUUUCCCAUGUGUGAAGCCUUACCUUGUGUCUAAAACCUGAAAUCAUUCCUUUGGGAAUACAGGGACAGAGAAACCUGCAGGGGGAGAGAAGACACGAGAAGCAAUGCCUUGGGAAUGUGUGAAAAGAAUAAAUGCUGCUCACGAACUUGCCAAGCUCAUCUAAUUAGAGUUAAUUUAGUAUGCUGUCAAGAGUAUUUUAUGAAAGCUGAAAGUUUCAAUGAUUUUUUUUUAAAGUUCCAGCGGUUGUCCAGUUACACUUAUUUCGUUAAACUGUUUCUGUGAAAUAGGUGGCUGUGUAAAUAACCACACAAAGAAAUGCAUUCUUGAUUUGAGGCCCAGCACUCAUAAUUUCAUAAAAGCUGUUUUAAUAGUGGGUGAAUGCACGUCAUUAUUCACCAAGUGGCACCUUAGCAUGGUAUGUAUCGAAUGUCUAAAAUGUCACUGAUGAAAGAGAACUUUACUUUGCAUCAACACCUGGUCAGAAAUCCAGGAAAAGUAGUAUCCUCCUUACUGCAGGUAGUGUUGCUGAUGGCUGGUUUACCAAGGUGGUAUAGGCCAAGGGUCACAAACAUGGUACUCCCCAGAUGUUUUCUAUUAUAGCUGCCAUCAGCUCCAGCCAGCAUGACCAGUGUUGAGAGAUGAUGGGAGAUGUGUGCCAGCAGCAUUGGAGAGCACCAUGUUGGCUGGUAUUGCUGUCACUGAGUUAUCGUGGUAAGAUGUUCCCUUCUGUGGCUUGUGGGUAAUCAUCUAACUCAGGGUGGUCCAACUUUUCAUACCAACUGGGUCACUUUGGACUACAAUUCCCACCACUCCUGACUAUUGGUCAUGCUGCCUGGAGUUGAUGGGAGUUGUCAUCCAAAACAUCUGUUUGGCAAAAGCUGGUAUAAACAAAUGUGGUGGUACUCUCCUGCUGGCUUGUAAUUUUCCAGUGUUCAUAGCCUGCAUUGGAAGUUACUAAUGGUGUUAAAAGCUUGUUACCUUUGUCUGCAUUUUCAGGCUUCUUGAGGGAUCCUAAUUUAGUGCUAUAAAAAAGAACACUUCACUUGAAUAGGAAAGGCCAAGGGGGAUCCUAGCAUCCACUGUUAAAAUGGAGGCGCAAAAGGGUAUAUUACCAUAGUUAGUAUUUUAAGACACUGAUAGGAGGUAAUUCAGUAGGCUGAGGGGGUGGAAUAUAAAGGUAAAUCAAACUCUUCCUCCAUCUCUCCCAUUUUAUACUAUUCUCAGUAAUUGUUUAUAUUGGUUCUAUGUCAUAUCCAGCCUCAGCCUUACACUUCGAAAUCUCUUAUGUGGCUGAUUCCAGUGGGUUCAUGUGAGUUGCUCAGAUUGGGCUAUUAAUGGAUUCCCACCUGUAAUUAUCCACCUGUAGUCUCCAGAAAACUGGUUCAGUUUUGGAUGGGGUGAGGGGCAGUAUCACUUUUGGGUGGAAACAUCUGCCAAGUUGUUGGGAGCUGUACCACAGAAAUAGAGAGAACCACUGUGCAGAGUCGCCAGGGAGCAGCUGGUUCCAACACUCCUGUUUACCUUCUUAGUCCUCCUCCUAGUUCCUCCUGUUCAAGUGCCUGCUAUCUCGCAUUCCUAUGUCUAGAAGUAUCUUCCACUCCUCAUUUGCUAGGCAUUUUCCGUCUGUAACCCUUUUCUGAACCAUUGUAGAAUCACAUUACUGUUCUUCAACAGUUCUUUUGGAAAGUGACUUGCUACUUAUGUUUAUGCAGCACCUAGCACACUGGUGCUAAAUGAAUGUCAAACAACAGUACUACAUUCUUCUGUUCUGUUGCUUUGGUUAAAUUGAAUUGGAAGUGGAACCUUGUCCAUUCUGCAAAGGAAUUAUGCAAGUUUUCAACUCUUCUCUUUAAUAUUUGGAUAAAACAGCUGCAAGCCACGGUGGGAUGAAAGUAGCAGUCAUUGCAGCAGCUUAAUAGCAUUGGUAAGUAAUGAUGAGGAAGCUAAUUUGAGAGCAUCUAUGCCUAAUAAAACAUGAGAUGGAGGUUAUCAUUGUUUGAAACCCUGGAAUUUCAAGGGCUACAGUCUCUAUAAAAGCUAAGAGAAGUAUCUGUUGGCUGCAACUAUUACUCAAGUAUAAGUGCUAUAACUGCAUUUUUAAAUACCUGUAAACAAAGCUGCAGCUUGAAGCUCUGUUGUUGGAAUGCCUGUAAAAGUUCUUUCAGGGUGGCGGGGGGUGGGGGAAGCACAUACUAAAAAUGAAGAUUUGAAUCUGGUUACAUUGAAAACAAGAAUAGUAUGUGUUUUGCACAGACUUGUUAGAAACCUGAAACUCGUGUGCUUUAAAGUCUAAAUAUGAAUAAUGUCACAAACAGCAUUUGUUAGGUGAUCUCAAAGUAUGGAAGUAUAUGAAGGAGGCAAUGGAUGUUUGCACCAUAAUGGGGACUGACUGUCAAAUGUUUUACAAUAGUUGACUUUGAUAGCCCAACUCUCCGGGCUGGUUUUCAGCCAUGUGGAAAGACAGGAUUUACUGCAGCUUUCUUGAUAAGAGACAUAACUUUGGACUCGGCCCUUUUGAGAGAAAGUUCUAGGGGUUUUGUUGUGGCUCUUAACAGUACUUGUGCAUGACAGUGCUAAUGUUUGUAAGCAUCUCUUAAUCAUAUGGAGAGACUUCAUACCUGAAUGUUUGGAGAUCCUGUUUGAUAGGUCUAAUUCACCUAGCGUAAGACUUCCAGCUGUUUUGUGUGUGGAGGACCACCACAUGAUGUUCAUGUUUCAAAAGCAGGCCUUGUACUGUGGAGAAUAAACUGUGUUUACAUGAGUUCAGUGUCUUUUCUCACUUUUUUUAAAAAAAUGGUGGAAGUCAUUGAAAGCCAUUCUGCCUUUUGAGAAAAUAUUGUAGCCUCAACUCUUAACUUGUAGCACGCUCUCUCUCUCUCUUUUUUAAAGAAACUGCUAUUAAACUAGGAUGUAAAGAGGUUUCUUUUGAAAUGGACACCAGUGUUAGGCCCACAGGCAGAAUGAAUAAGGCUACAUGCAGAUGCAGGAUUGAGCCUGUGGAUUGCUAAUUGAAGUUAUUUGACUCUGAAAGGAUACACACCACUUUAAAUACUGUAUGUGCUUAGGACAUUUGGAGAGACCGUAUGCAUAAUAAUACUGUAACACCUUAGGUUCUGAACCUGUUUAGGGCCAGCCGGAAAAGGUGGGUAGUUAAGUAUCAUGACUGUUGUGGAACAACUGAGAUGCAAUUUGCCUAGGAAAAACCAAGCACUCUUGGAAGGAACCCGAAAGACUUGUGCUGUUCUCAAGAGAUGUAUGUGCAUUAUAAAUGAAUUUACCCACAGCUGUGACAGGAUGCUUCAUUUGCACACCUAAUACCUCCAUAAGUAUACUUCUGAAAUGUGUUUUGUGUUCUCAGUGGUCUUUAACAUAUAGACAGCAUAUGCCAGUUAUAUGAUAUGGGUCUUAAGGUGAGCAAAUAGUCUACACUUUGCUUUUCUGGUCAUCAGCUGCAGAGGUGCUUUUGAGCCUGAAAAGCAAUGAACCUGGGGACAAGAAGAGCACCUUUUGCCUCGACAUUGCACACAAACAGCAUCUUCUAUCUCCUGUGCACAUAAAGAAAGCAAAGUAUUUUUAUUUUAUUUUUUUCAUUUUACCUGCAAUAUUUGCCUCAAGCUGCUGCUGGUGGUUGUGGGAUUAGAAAAUGAGUGUCCCAACUCCUGUUGUGGUACAUUACUUUUCAGCAAUUCACCUUUCCUGCAGAUCUACUUCUACAGUCCAGAUUGCAAUAUAUAUCCUGAGGAUGGGAGUGUGUAUAUUUUAUGUAUACCACAUAGGUAUUAUUAUUAUUAAGGGGUUUAUAGAUUUUUCUAAACAGUGUUGAAGAAACGUGCUGAUAGGGUAGAUCUCCAGAUUUGUACAGGUGAGCUAAUCCACCUGCUGCAUGCGAAGGGGGAAACACAAGCUCCCUUGGACAAUCUUGACUCAAGAAAAACAUUUUUGUGUGUCUUAAAACAUUUAAGGACUGUACUCCCAAAGUUUGAGUAAAAGCUGUCCCUGGACUCAUGCCAAAGAAAAAUAUGGCUUGGUGCAUCUCUGUGCUCUAAAACACAUCAGGCUUGGUGGCACAAGCCAUGGAAUGCUAUAGCUCAAAGGUAGCAAACGUGGUACUCUGCACAUGUUUUGAACUACAAUUCCCAUGAUCGAUGUCUACUGGGGCUGAGGGGAGUUGGGAGCCCAGAAACAUGUGGAGGGUGAAUCGCAGAAUUCUGCCACAUGUCUACAAGUUAGGCAUCUAGCUUGUAAUUGUGCCUAUGCGUUAUAACUCUACAAAUGUUAUAAUAUCAAAAGCCUUAUACGGAUUCACCUUUGGUGUAAAGCAGGCAAAUCCUUUGGUAAUCGUACUGCCUUUGUUCAUGGUACAAAAGAGAAAUGUCUGUUACAUUCUGCCUGAGGUAUAUGCAAGGAGAGAGGUAACGGAAAGGGGAGGAAAUGCUGUCUGGAACGUCUUGUCUAUUAUCUGCUCCCUCUCCAUCUGUAGCAGAGAAGGGAGCUACCUCUCUAGCAAAGGUAUCUGAUGAAAGUCCAGGCAAAUAAUUGCCUGUUUGCAGUGCACAGAGGUUUUAUUUGCAUGAAACAUCUCAUGUUGUCCUUUCCCAGUCUUUGUUUUGUGUGUUUCCCUUUGCCUCCCUUUCAAGCUUCUAAGCUUCAAAGGCCAUGAAAAUUAAAUUUUAAUAGACUUGAACACAGCUGCAAAAGUGCAUCAGAUUGUACCAUCCCUAACAGCUGUUCAUAUGAGUCUCCAGAAAAUGCAAGCCUCUUCAAGCAGGUACACAUCAGAGAAAAUUAGGCAUGCCAUGCGCCCUACUCCUAUGCAUGUUUCCUUGGGACCAUUUUAGUGGCGGUUGCUCUCAAGAUUGUAAUUCAAGAUGGUUGGAGCAGGAGUUUAUAACUAGCAGUUUAGCCAUAAGGUGAAUCCUAUUGAUUGAAUGGAGCUUGCAAGUAAAUGUUUUUUAGGAUUGCAAAUAUAAGUUCUUAAGGGCAAUAAGAAGAGUCCGCUGGUUCAGAUCAAAGGACCAUAUAGUGCAGCAUCUUGUUCUCACAGUGGCCAACGAGAUGCCCGUAGGAAACCUGCAAACAGGACCUGAGCACAAGAACAUUCCUCCACCCCCACCCCCAGCGGUUUCAGCAACAUUACUGCCUCUGACUGUGGAAGCAAAUCAUAGUCAUCAUGGCUAGUAUGUUGUUGCAACAGAAUCCAUGAUCUGGACCUUGCGCAGAACAGAAGUGAAUAAGCUCUCCACCACAAGAAUGAAUUUCAGAGCUUUAUUGGAAGCAUUCCUAAAAUAGUUACAAACAAAUGUUACAAGAUACAAAGUAACACACUGCUCUUAAACAAUCAAGGAAUUUUGUCCCUUUUUCUUUUUAGUCCUUAAUUUAGUCCAAGAACUUUAUUAUCUGCUCCCAGAGAGAGAUCCUAAGCAACUUGCUUUAUCGCCCUUAGGUGUGCAAUACAUAUCUUCCAUUUCUGUACUGGUGUCUUCCUGUCUCUCACGCCUUCCAACUUCUAUCCUUAUCAUUAGUUGGUACUUGAGUCCCGCAAUCUCCCUUUCUUUUCAAGAGCAGCUUGAUGUGGAGUACAAUGGGCUACUCUUGGACUAAGCCUUGAGAUAAGACAACCUUGAAGCCAGCACAAUAUCUGUUGAAAACAAGGGGUUAAAUAGUUGGACUAUAUGCCUUAUAGUAUGGAUUUAAAUAUAUAUGGUAGAGAAUUUGUGUGGCCAUUGGUCUCUUUGGGCUUUAUACAAUUUUUUCAUCACUGAAAAAACCUGGAGCUCCUUCUGCCUGUGGUAUGUUUGUGGGUAACCUGCUCAGAUAUCAGACCAGCAUUUGCUUGGUAGGAAUAGAGUUGAAUAGGAAACUUUUGAUAUGAACAAAUUGAUCAAAAUACAUCCGCACACUGUGGUCCAGAUUAAAACAUAAAAGUUGAUUUGCCAUAACAGCAGGUGCUGUUAAUGUCUUUACAGUCCUCUAUGUACCUGUGCGAUUUUUUAUUAUCCCUUGACCUGGUGAUCCCAAUAUAUAUGUUGCUGACAGUUUUGGAUUGUCUUGUGAUUUAAGCAUUGUGGCCAAAGUUUUAGCUAAAUGGUUAUUGCAAAGGUUUUCCCUUGUAUAGGUGAUGGAAGGGACUGAGUGUUAGUUUGUUAUAACUAUUAGUUCUGAACUGCAUUUAAAAAGGUAAAGGACCCCUGACAGUUAAGUCCAGUUGCAGACGACUCUGGGGUUGCGGUGCUCAUCUCACUUUACUGGCUGAGGGAGCCGGCGUUUGUCUGCAGACAGCUUCCAGGUCAUGUGGCCAGCAUGACUAAGCCGCUUCUGGCAAACCAGAGCAGGGCACGGAAACGCCAUUUACCUUCCCACUGGAGCGGUACCUAUUUAUCUACUUGGACUUUGACAUGCUUUUGAACUGCUAGGUUGGCAGGAGCAGGGACUGAGGAAUGGGAGCUCACCCCGUCAUGGGGAUUCAAACCGCUGACCUUCUGAUCGGCAAACCCUAGAUGGCUAAUUUCAUGACUCACUUUACCAAUGCUUAUGUGACUCAUACCAUUAUGCUACCUGGUUGAGGGUGGGACUGCAGCUAAAUCCCCUAUGGCAGUGCUAAUGUAUCUCAAGUUUCUAGCAGGAAGAAGUAUUAUGAUGAUGAUACAGUGGAGCAAGUUUAAAUUGGUGAAGCGGCAGUAGCUAUGAUGAUGGGGAGAGAAGAGAGAAACAAUGGAGUUGUGGGCGCGGAGAGGAAGAAUCAGAAGUGGCCAGCUCAGUCUAGAUCCCCUUCUCCUUUGGCAUAGUUGCACCUCUCCUCUCCAUCAUAACAGUGCUAAAGAAUUUAUCUGCGGUAUAUAGUCCUAGAAGUCAGUGGUAACUAGGGAUUUCUAUUCCAAUCCAUCUCUGUCACAAUCAGUGCUGUUUCCGUUCUCUCGCAAUUUGAUUUCUGCCAAAGACAAAGUUUCAUUGUCUGCUAUUUUAUGUAAUUUUCAAAUUUAAGACAAUUAAUGAUGUGAUUAUUUCCACACCGCUCAUUUCAUUGCAACCUGCCACACAAUGGCCGUCAUAGAUGACAUCAGGUGUAGGGUGAUUGUGUUUGGCUUGUGAGGAUUUGCCUCAUGGGCCAAAUUAGGAUUCCUGUUGAGUCUAGUUUGGUCUGGAGGUUCUCAAGUCUUGAUAAAACAGGCUUGUAAGGAUAACUCAGAAAAUAUACAUUGGCACUGAACACUUGAAUGUGCUAUAGAGGUGCUAAAUAUUAAUGCUCUCUGUAUAUUAUCUGGUUAGAGCUGGUUAGAGAGACCAGUAUGACCGAAAGCAAUAUAACCUCGGAGAGAGGUUUACUAUCUUAAUUGGAAAUGGCUUGCAAAUAUAUUGGCUCCAGAAAACACAAGUACCGCCAUCCUGGUAUAUACCUGGACCAUAUAGAAAAUCAGUGAUGUGGGAAGCAGAGGGAAGCUUGUACUGACAAAGCAGGCCUUGUCUGUCACAAAGCAGUUACUUAGCUUUCGCAAAGAAUUCAAGUGUUCUUUUUUAAGAGAUCAAGCAUUGCAAUGCUAAUCUUAUAGUAGCCUGACAUUCAAUCAGUGAAUGACUUUGUGCUUCCAGGUAUGGGCAGUUUAUGGCAUGGACAGUUUAUGACAGUAACAGUCACUUAAGUUUCCAUCCUGCUGUGUGUGUGUGUGUGUGUGUGUGUGUGAGAGAGAGAGAAUUAUAAGUGGGUACACACACAAGUAUUUUGCCAUAGUCCAUUCCAGAGCUAGGUGUGGUAUGACAGGAUUGGAGGUAGGAGAUUUUGAGAGGGUGGGAAAGAAGAAAAUGUUAUGCUUGCCUGCUGGCUAAAUCAUGUGGUACUAGAGUUAGUACUGAGGUUCCCCUUGCAGCAUUCAUGAGUGAUACAGUGUUGGGCAGAGUAGUUUUAUGUCUCUCUGCUAGUGCUGUAUGGGAGAGUGCGGAGAGUGAAUUCCCAAUUUUUCUUCUGCUCCCCAUUUGAGAAUCUUCCCCAUAGAGUUUAAAUUGUUCUAUUGAACCAAUGCAUUUGGGUUAGAGAAAGUGCUUUCUCCUCUAUCCUCCCCUUCUUAUUAAUCACUCCCAAAGGACCAUUUAUGUUGCAAAGAGGGCACACCCAUAUUGGGAUUGAACUUGAAGGACGGAGAACAGUGGGUCAGCAAAUAGGCUCCAGCCGGUGUGCAGGCCUCAACCCUAAUUCUCUCCCCUCCCAUCAGGCCUCAGGUUGAAGGGAAGCGAGUGUCAUCCCUUGGAACGAAUGGUCAUUUAACCCACCGAGGGCUUGUAUUUCCUAUUUCAUUUUAUGUCUACCCACCCGCCUCCUGUCUUUGUUGAUGGAGGUGACUGUUUUUGUCACUCUCAGACUUCUUAACUGUUCCUUACGUCAUUCUUUUCCUGUAGGAGGACUUGGUUGUUGUUUUUGCUUUUCGAAGAAAAACAAAACACCCAGAACCAGAAAGGAAAUGCAUACUUGGCAAAGCUCCAAAGCAUACAGAGCCCUCUCUGCCUUGUCUCUGUCCCAGUUUGACUUCGGCUCCGCUUCUGAUCAACACAAAGUUUACUAUUAGAGGGAAUGAAUAUGAUUAAAAUAAAGUUUGGAAAUUAUUUGUCGAGAAUGUAACAAGGAUGUUGGCCAGUUGCUUGUUUUAUUCUUGCCCAUGCUUUAAUGGUUGGGGCACAUGUGAUUUGUUUUUGUUUUUGUUUGAAAUUUAUAGUAUCUCCUUUGCAUAAGCGAUAGCAUUCUUACUCACGGCUAGAUUUCCCUCCUUUAAAUAUGCUGCUCUAGAUCUGAGGCAAUAGCCUAAUUCCUUUAGGAUGACUUUUGCUAUUUCAAAAUAAUUGAAAGCUGUUGGUGGGGGGGGGAUAACUCACUGGAAGAAAUCCCAGUAGAGAAGCCUGAGGCGUUAGAGGAGUGGGAGGAUGUUGGCUUUCCUACCAGGAUACGCUUUCUGUCUUGUUGAACAAUCGUUCUAGAGAAAUGAGAUGCUAUUACUCUGCCACUGGGUUUCUGAAGCAUUACCAGCAUGCUCACACAAAAAGGCUGUUUUUAAGCAAAUGUUUCCCUUGUUUCAACUCUUUGUGCUUCAUAUUUGCUGGAUAUUCAUGGGAAUAAGCAGAGAAUAGUCCACUCCGUUUGAUUGGGAGAGCAGUUCAGGAGAUGAGUGAGACUUAGAUUAAUGCAAAAUCUACGUAGUUUACCACAGAAAUGUGCUGCACAGAUUCCCUCUUGGCCCACAGAAGCUGGUAUUUCAGAGCAUACUACCCCAACCAGUGGAGGGAAAAUAUAGCCAUUGUGGCUAGUAGCCUUUGAGAGUCUUAUCCUUCUUGAAUUUGCUAAAUUCUUUUAAAGCCAUCCUGGUUUCUUGUGGAAACAAAUUCCAUAGUUUAACUAUGCACUGUUCAGAACCAGCUUUGGUUCUGAUAAACUUACAUGAGCCAGCCAGGAUUAAGCGACAGUUUUCUGAGUGCUAGGAAUUGGGCUUACUCUAUUUUCCCUGACUGAGAAAAGCCGUCUUUCUUAAUGGAAGUAGACUGUAGACAGAGGAACAUGAAGCAACGCAAUCUCUGCAGGUUUGUCUGGGCGAUUUGUAUCCAGGUUAAAGUUAAUCCCAACCUUGCCUGACUAGACAUGUCCCUUUCUCAGGGAUCUCCGUUAUAGGUGCCCAUUAGAGACCAAAAUUAAGCAGAUGGUAGCCUUGGGGUAUUGUUACCCAACAUCACCAGGAAAUAUAUCCCUGCACCAAACAAGGUGUGAAAACUGUACAGAGUCCAUACCUAAUGCUUUUCCCCUUUGUUCAUGCCAAUGCAGAUGUGAACACAGAAUAGGAUGAGUAUGUCAUCAAACUGCACCAGCUGUUCUAAAUCCUGGAAGAACUAACCUUUCACUAGCCAUUGAACAGUGAAUGAAGAGCUGCAGACUCCACACCAGCCCCCCCCCCCCCAAACCAGUGCCCCAGUUGCCCUGGGAUUGCAGAAGCAAGGGGUUGGGGAUCUUUUGUCCUCUGCCAACAGCCAGACAAACCAGGUCUCCUUCGGACAGCUGAAAAUAAUGCCAAUGUAUUUUGUGUCUGGCAGUGUAGUGUAUUCUGACCAAACUAAGCCUCCUGAUGUAUAUUGUGCUCUAGGAGACUUAGUUUGGUCAGAAUCUAGUACACACUUCCAGAAUUAACACAAAACACAUAACUUCUUGUAAAUGAGCCACCAUAGCUGCUAGGGGGCCAUGAAAAUUUGUGUCCCGGUCUUUGUAGACUCGGCUACCCUUGUGCUAUCUGAAACCAAUAGGGCACAUUGAUUGCCAGAUGUGAUUUUUUUUCAGUUUUCCUGCCCCACUAACUAGGUUGUAAGCCACCUUGAAGAUCAUUUGAUCAAAAUGCAUGGGUGUAUAAAUAAAAUCAUGAUUAUCAACCUCGUUCUGACCUGUUUGCCAUUCCUGCUACUGUGCUUUUCAUCCUUGCCUUUCAAUUCAGCUACACAUUUCUACACAUGUUCCUAAUUCAUCAGUGCAUUUAUUGGCUUUUGAAAAUGAGCCAGCCUCACCCUUUGGAGAUUCUAGUUGUACCAAGUGACAGUUUUCUUUCAUUUUUCUAGGUUGCAACAUUUCCCCACUAACUACAUGGUCUGUACAUUUGGCACAAGGAAUACUGUAUAUACUCAAGUAUAAGCUGACCCAAAUAUAAACCGAGGGACCUAAUUUUACCACAAAAAACUGGGAAAACUUAUUGACUCGAGUAUAAGCUGGUUCAACACACCGCAAACCUGGCGCUGGCGGCAGUGGCGGAGGAAGAACAAGCAGCCCAAAAGGGCUGCUUUCGGGCGGCUCGUUCCUCCGCCAGCGGCAAAGGCAGCAGAGGAGGAAGGAGCAGUAUAAUAUACUCAAGUAUAAGCCAAGGGAGGCUUUUUCAGCAUUAAAAAUGUGCUGAAAAAGUCGGCUUAUAUUCAAGUAUAUACGGUAACUUGAACAAAUAGAGUCAACUAGAUUACUUCAUAAUCCACACUUUAACAAGAAUUCUGUUGUUUUGAAGCAACAAAGUAAAUAACUAAGUCAUAAGCAUUCACAACUUACAUAUGUUUUAGAUUGCAGUUUUUUGUUUACUAUGACUUCUAUGUCAGUAAUGGGCUUUUUUGUCCCUAUUGUGUUUAUUCAUGAGCAACUCUGUGUUGCUUGCCAGUAGUCACUUACCCCAGACCUCAAGUGACCCAUUGCUGAGUUGGGAUUUGAGCCCUUGCCAUCCACGGCCAGCACUGUAUCCAGCUGGACACAACUGCUUUCAGUAUGACUUAAUGUCAUGAGAAUUCGCCCCUCCCCAACAUCCAUUGCUUGGAUAGAUAUAAACAGCUUAAAACACAGUGCAGAGAAAAUUGAACAAUUUUUCUUUCAAUUCAUUUUGGUGUUCUUAACUUGCUUUGUCUGUCAUUUUUACUAAAUCUCCAAACCCAGAAUUCUGGGACUUCCAAGAACUUUUUGCAUUAAAUCACUAGUAGGACUUUUGGGGGAAAUGGCCAUAUAAAAUAUGCGGUGGUGGUAGCACAGGUGGAACAGUGCUAUUUAAAAGUCUUCCUUUUCCUCUUGCAAUCAUGGUAUAUCUAGGAGGCUGAAGACAUAAAUUGUGGAAUAGAUUUUGUUAACAGUGUUAGUGUGAUUUAUGCCUCAGCUUUUGGUGCUGAGGUGAGUCACUUUGUGACAACCCACUACUUCAAAGGAGAUGGGAAAGAAAUCGGAGGAGAAAGGAUGAAUGGCAGAAAGAAGCAACUUGUCCAGGGGCAAAGUUGGAAGGCUGAAUUGUACUUGCACAUAAUUUUUGAAACCUGCAGAACGUGAAGAAAUUAACUUUAGAAAAGCAAAAAUGACUACAGCAAGAUACAGUUAUGGCAAACAUACAGUGAACAUAGGUUAAUUUUGCUGUGUUCCAGUUGUUGUUGUUGACAAAUAGGCAACGCAUAAUACCAGAAGUUAAGGGAAAGAGGUAGAAAAUUGAUUUUCAGGGUAUAGAAGGGAUUGUGGGAAUAUAGUUGUUUUCUUUGAAAUGACUGGGUGUCCUUAAAAACUGACACCAAGGGUGGUGAACCUGUGGUUCUCCAAAUGUUGCUGGACUCUUAAUUCCCCUCAGCUCUGCUGGUUGCAGAGUUUCACUCUAAGUUUUUGUUACUGGUUCUAUUAUGUAUGAGUCAGUUCAAAAAGUGAAUCUUUUUUACAUAGUGCUCUCUCUCUCUCCUUUCUAACGGACUCGUUAGGAGAGAUGGAACAAACCACCAUACAUGGUUGUGCUACAAACUGCUUUAGUUAUAAAUCAAGAUGGUGUAGAGAAGGAAUUCUGCUUGAUUUAGCAUAUGUUAUGACCUAGAGAACCAGCUUGUGAGUAGAAGAGAACAAAUAAGGGGGAAAGCUUGAUUUUACAGAGCAUGUUACCAAAAAUAGAGAGGCACUACCUUUGCUGUAAUUUUACCAUUUUAAGUGUAUGUCAAAAUAGUCUGUUUCUGUAUUAGUACUGACUGUUACAGUAUAGAUUGCAGCCAUUUAAUAAACCUGGAGGACAUGAGCUUAACAUAUUAAUGAUCUGUAAAAUGAUGAAACAAAGAUAUCUAUGUCUAAAGCAGACUGUGGCUAAAGCAGAUUUAUAUAAGGAUUCAGUGACAGCGAAAGAGGAGACACUGAAAUUUCAUAAUUAUGGUUGCUGUGUUGGUGUCCAAGUGUAAGCUAUAAGAUGAUACAGUGAUCCAUUUGAACUCAUUGCUUGGCUGGAUUAACUAAGGGAAUUGAAAAAGGAAGAUGAAAGUCAGUACAGAUAAAUGCGGGGUAUUACAUGGUGGUAUGUGUGAGACCUUCCCUUUGCAACCUUUAAAGUGCUGAAUUCAUCGUUACCAUUCAGAGUACUGCUGCUGUCAAAAAGACUAUGAAGAAGGUCAUCGGUUAUGGAAAGAUGAACUACCAUGCACUCUGCUUGCCUGCUCAUAAAUUAUAAUGCAACUAGAAAAGGCAGGCUAACAGUGCAAUCCUGUGCACAUCUACUCAGGAGUAAGUCCUGCUGAAUUCAUUGGGACUUGCUCCCAGAUAAUAAUGUUUUCAAUUUCACCCCCAAAAGGCCAAGCAUGUGACCAUAGGAUAUCAGACCCUGAUCUUAUUUGAUUCACUUGGGGAAACCCAGCCAGAUAAUUAUAAUAAUAUUUGGUGUGUUUUUGGCAGAAAGAUUUCCACCUAGAAUAUUAACACCUGCCACACAGGUUUAUGAUUACUUAUUUUGAGCAAAGUUGCAUUUUCUUGAACAGAUAGGUAGAGUAAUCCAUUUGGAGUUUAGCAAUGCAGUGUAGUGCAAGGCGAAUGAAGAACUAAACAAAGCGAAGAUGGGGAAAUACUACAUGGUAAAAUCUCUUUGUAAACCACUUUGAGGUUUGUCGGUUUGUUAGUUGCAAUCAAGAAGUGUAUGAAACAGAUAAAGAGAUAAAUAAACGAUCAAGUAGGAAUUAGUGUCCUUCGUUCAAGUAUUAGAGAAUAAGUCCCACUGGAUUCAACAGAACUUCAGCAGACAAAGUUAGUGUUGCAGCCAUAGUCCUUAAACCUGUUUUAUUCAUUCUUUUCGCUGGUAACUUCAGGAGGGAAAGUGGGGGGUUGCCUAUGAAGUAGCUAACUUAAAUGGACAUUGAGGAAUUAUGCAGGAUGCGUGGAAUGAUGUCCUGAAGAUGAAUAAAAGAAAUGGAAUGCAAAAUAAUAAAAUGAAUAAAAGAAAUGGAAUGCAAUCUAGUAGCACCCAGUGUUGUGUCAUAUGCUUUGGGGGCUAAAGCAUAUUUUGUAUCAGUGGAAAAAUGAGAAAGGAUCUAGGGAUCCUGGUGCAUUUCAGGGUUACUGAACCAGCAGUUUUGUGUGGCUGUAAAGGAGAUGAGGGAAAUUCUUGAAUGUUAGGUAGGGGUGUUUUUUUUUCCAGGGAUAAGGAAGUUCUGAUAGCAUCGUAGAUGGCACUGGUUCCUUUUGAAAGCUACAACCAGUUCUUGUCAUCUGUGUUAAAAAGGAUGCAUUCACAGUCUGCUAAUUCCGAAGAAUGACUACAAAGUCUUGCACUGAACUAUCCAGACAUUGUGCAGUUCCUCUGUGGUUUUACACUUCCCCUCAAGUACUUAGAUCAAUGAAAGUUAUGUUAAAUUUAUUAAGGUGAAAGUUGAAAUAUAUGGAGGAAGUGGGGAGAGGUACCAGUGGCUUUACUGGAGCAAAAAUAAAAUAAAAUGCAGUAUUGUUACUUUAAACUUCGUAUAAAGAAUUAUUGUGUCCUUUGAGGAAGCCUUUGUGAGUAGAAGUCUCUACUCUUCCAUUGUCUGUAGCUUCCUUUUCAUAUCUAUCCAGGGAAAUCCUUUGAUUGCUGCAGAAGUGCAUCCUCUUUUUAUCACAUUAAAUUCUUUUCAGAUUUGUCAAGCCUCUUGUUUGUAUGAUAUAGAUUCAGGAAAGGAAAUGAGAGAUCCAGAGGCAACUGUAAAUCUUGUAAGUCCAAACAUUCAGCGGAUAACUCUGGCAAGAUACUUCUCUUAGCGCUGAAAUGAAUUGGCAAUUCAGGUGAAUUCAGAAGCUGUAUAGAAUUGGUGCAGUUGAGCAGUUCGAAAACGGCACCAAAUGUCACAAAAGGAGAAGUGCUGCUGGAAAAGUGUAUUGAGAUUUCCUGUGGGUGAUCUUCAUUUAUUUCUUAAUUUAUAUCAUUAUUGAUAUCCUGCCUUUCCCCCUGACAGGAACCCAAAGCAACUUACAGCUAAAACAGAAACAGGUGAAACAUAGGGGGGGAAAGCUUUCAUUUAAAAAACAACAUUUAAACAUACACACACAAACAUAUAGAUCAUUACAAUAAAAACAGGACAGCAAUAGCCCUUUCAAGUCAACAAGGAGGGAGCCAAUCGUAAUUCUCUAGGAAGGGAGCAGCCAAAGUCUGGGAGCAGCCACUGAGAAGGCCCUGUCCUGCGUAUCUACCAAACAUGCCUUUGAGGGUGGUGGGACCAAGAUAAAGAGGCUCCCCUGAAUAUCUCAGAGCCCAGACAGGUUCAUAUGAGGGAAUAUGGUCUUCUGGAUUUAUAGACCUAUUCUGGUGAGAUGAGGCUGAAUUUAUAUCCAAAUGAUCAAUGAACACAUAAACCAAUUUGUGCUGUUUCUUAGGAACUGAGUGUGUCGUCCAAUUUUGAUGCCUGCAUGGCUAACCCGAUUUACAUAAGAUAAAGAAAAUCAUGUGUAAAAUAUGUAGUGCAGAGACCUUUGAGUGUUGCUGGACCCCACUGCCAUCACCUCUCACUGUUUGUCAUACCGACUAGGGCAGCCAAAAUUCAGAAGGCCACAGAUUCCCAUUUCUUGGUGUAGCAGUGCAGGUUUUUACCACUUGCAGGAGUGUUGGCAAAGGUUGCAGGAGAUGUUUUUGAAUAGCACUCUCUUGGAAGAGUUGGCGCUGAUCAUCCCAAAACGAGCCAUUCUAGGGAAACGUGUUUAGUGUGAGCUUCCAAGAUGAAAGGCAUUUGCUGCUGCUGCUGCCAUGAACAUUUUAUCACAAAUUACUACACAAGCGUGAAUGUAGUGGGAGGGAGGGGAGAGUAAAAUUAAAGGCACGGCUUGGUUGCAUCUCCCAACCAAAGCCACAUGACUGGCUGGUGUUUGAUGGUGUUCUGUGGAGACCUUUUUCCUACAUGGCAUGGAUGGCCGAUUCCCACAGAUGCAAAAGUUGGAAAAGUUUAGUGCUGUGGAUUUGAAUGGAGGGCUCUUUGUGACAUAUUUUUAAAGAGCAUCUGAUUAACAUGAAGAGCCUUUCUCAUAAAGGUGUUUUUGCUAUUGAAGGGAGGAGUGAAGGGUAGGAGUGAUUACCUAUGGUAAAUAUCUAGGGAAAGGGUAGAAACAAGCAAAUAAAGAGGGGCUAACAGUGCAGCUGCACAUCUGAAUUUGGAAGUAAAGCCAGUGUUACGUGGAGAUGCAGAAGUUUCAGAUGCCCCCAGCCCUUUGUUCCACUUGUUGUCACUCUGAAGAUCGAUUUCUCACACAUAACAUAUAAUUAGGUUUGAUGGCAUAUUGUUUACAUCUUAUUUUACAGAGCUCAUGAUUAUUUUCAAACGGUCUUCAAGAUGACUGCUAACCUUCUCUAGAGAUAACGAAACAUUUGGCUGGCACGAGAAGGGGGCGAAGAGCCGCAGUUCAUUCUGCUUUGAAACCAAGAUGGCAUUUUUGAAAAUAAAGGGAUUAUUUUCUAGUCAAGACUAUUUCAUGGCAGGAACAGUUGCCUUAUUGAAGAAUCUGCUGAAUAGGCCUGAGGUCAGGAUGCAGUUGGAAGUUAGAAAAUUCUGGAUGCGUUGAAGCAGACACUUAAAAGAGUCUGCUUUUUUGUGUGAUAUCUCCUGUUGUAAUGAUGCUCUAGCCUUGGGAAGUUACUGGUAGCUGUAAUGCGUUGUAAUGCAUUCUUUUCCCCCCUGCUAGAAUUAAAUUUGUGUUUAAAAAUCUUAGUCAGAAUGCACUGAUGGAAAUGGGGAAUAGCCAAACUGUUCUAAAUGUGAACUGUGGUGAGUUUGCAUGGAAUGUGUUUUACCUUACAUAUGGAAUGCCUAGCUCUUUACAAUUAUUAGAAAGUAAUGGAUAUCUAUUCCAUUUAAAUAUGCACCAAUGAUUGUUUUUAACCAUUUCAAAUAAAUUAGGAAUCACCUCUGUGAUAAAAUUGGUCUUAAAUAGGGACAUAAAGAACUGCACUCAGAAAAAGUAUGAUGGAAAUUAUGGAUUCUCGGAGGUAAUGGGGGAAUUCCAGUCCAAAAACACACACAAAAAGGCAAAUGGUUAGUAAUACAAAAUGACACUUUGGAAGUGUGUCAGGCCUUUCACUCAUCUGGUCAAGUCAGUGGGGCUACAUUACUGGAAGCGGUUGGUGAAUCACUUCCUUGGUAUGGCAAAAAUGCAAGUUGCGUUGAAGGCUCUACCCACCCCCAUCCCUGCCGGUUGAUAAAAUAGUACUACAGCCUUAUUCAUCCCAAUAGCUGCGUUGAGUAAUCAGAAGUUUGGAUAAUUGAGCAUGCUUUUUUCACUGGUUAACCAAGACUUUCAUGGUGGCAGAAAGUGCAAUUAGAUGAGUAGGGAUUUUGUACAAUGAAGGAAACAUGUGUUUCAUAGGUUUGCUGUGCAGUCCUAGGCUUAUUCAAUCAGAAGCAAGCCCCACUGAGUUCAGUGAGACUGACUAGAAUGCAAAUGUAUCAGGAUCGCAACUCUAAUAUCUAGUUAUUCAUUGGCUGUAAGUGGUACCUCUGGUUACGAACUUAAUUCAUUCCAAAGGUCCAUUCUUAACCUGAAACCGUUCUUAACCUGAGGUACCACUUUAGCUAAUAGGGCCUUCCGCUGCCGCUGCACCACCGGGGCAAGAUUUCUGUUCUCAUCCUGAGGUAAAGUUCUUAACCCGAGGUACUACUUCUGGGUUAGCGGCGUCUGUAACCCGAGGUGUUUGUAACCCGAGGUACUGCUGUACAGACUUUGAGCUAUUUGUAUUUUUUUUCUUAUCUGGCAUGUACUUUUUUUACUUCACACUUUACUUAAAUCCCAUUUAUUGGGGAGUUAUAAUUAUAAUUAUAUUCCAAGGGGAUUAUCCAGGUUGUUAUCAUGACACAUCUUUUGAUAAAAUGCUGUCAUAAAGAAUUCCGGAGCACGAACACAUCCUUGAGUUAUUUAAGUGAUUCUGGGUUUUGCCUGUUCCUUCCCACCCCCACCCUAAGAAUUGCAAAUCUUGUGAUCAGAGAGAACCAUGCUGUUGGGGGAGGGGAGAGCUGCCUUUCCUUGAAGGGCUAUUUCUUUAUUUCUGAAGCUUUCAUAGCUCUGAAGCUGUACUUACUGUUAGUAUAUGCUCUCACCCCACAACCGGUUUUGGUGGGGAGGUUAUGGCCUGCUUCCUAGCACUGAUGCAAGGACUCAGACAUCUACCACCAUGACGUUUUGUGUGGGGGCAAACGAGGUAGACAGUCUGGUUUGGUUUGGGUAGAUGGUCCUGCAAUAUCUUGUAUUCAUACAGUGAAUAAUCAUGUAGCCUCCAAGGAAUGAGGGGUGAGCAAGCACCUCUGAUCUUGCCAAGAGUUGCUGGUUCAAUUUCAGUUCACUUUAGCUUUGGACUUAACUGCUUGCUAGAGUAAACAAACUGGAUACUGACUUGAAUUCAGGAAUGUUAUUUCAGAGAUCAUGCAAAGAGGCUCUUACUGGGUGGUUUUGUGAUUGUGUACCGUCUCAUAAUGAGAGCAUCCACUUGUUGCGCACUCAGCCAUGGAAAUGAAUGGCAUUUGCACAAGAGAGUAAUGGUGGUCUGUGUAUCUGCAGUACCUUCCAAUAGGGCUUGUACAGACCAGGAGCAUUGCUGCGAAUAGUUGUUACUAGAACUUUAGCUGGGAUUGCGCUUGGUACUAAUAAAACCUCUAUUCAGAUUUCACAGAUAUUCUGCUGGGCGUAUCCAACUCCUGUUAAACUUGAAAUUCCCUGUUUAUGGCCAUGUUGGGUAGCUGCACAAGCGUAAUCCAGACGUGCUUGUCGUUGGCCUCAGCACUUGAACUGCUGCAUUUGUUUACAUGUUAAAAGGCUUAAUCAAAUAUUAAAGUGGCUGCAAGUGAGUCUGCACUCCCUGACAACACUGGAAAAAGAAUUCCCUAGCGACCUCGUUUUAGUACAUACUGUGAACACUUCUUUGUGUACACGCAAACACACAUACACACAAACACAAGUUCCUUUGCUGAAAAACAAAACUACCCAUAUAGAAUAUAUUUCUGGAUUUUAUGUGUGUUUAUUAUAAUUCUCCUUUCUUUUUCUCCUUGCAGGUGCAUUUUGCUGCCUCUUCUCGGAGCCAAGCCCCCUCAACAAAGUCUCUUCCUCCUUGUAGAUUCUGUGGAUGAGGGAUGUAACAUUGCAGAAGGCGACCAGACAUCUACGGGCUUAUCUGGAACUAUAGCUGAGCUUCUCGCUAGUCACUAUGAGUUUUUCCCUCCAUGGUUGCUGCUCCUGUGCUCUGCCCGGAAGCAGAGCAAAGCUGUUACAAAAAUGUUUACCGGUGAGUACAAAUACUAAUGAAAACUUAGCUUUUGGAGCCUCAUGUGUCAAAUCCUUUUCUGAAAUGUUUAACUCAUCACUAAAUUUCAGCAAUUAACUUUCUGGAAUCUCCAUUUUCUUGGAGCCUUUACCCAGUUGACAGUGGUUAUUGUACAUAGUGCUGCAUGGGUGUAUCUACAUGGAUGCUGAUAUAUUGUAUGGGGUUUAUUGUGCUGUUCUUCCCCAGUAAAAGAGUGCAUGAAACAUGACAGCAUUGAAGACUUGAAUCCACUAUUCUGGUGUGUGUGCAGCAUUUUUUUUUUCUGUCUAAAAAUCUAGAUUUGUCAUCUUCUUUUCUGGGAGUUGAGGAUUACCUUUUGCAAGCUCACUGUAUGGGUGUAGCUGUACUUGAUCCUGGGAGUAUGCUGUUGGCAGACUAUUGGGAAUCUUCUACAACUUGUUGUUCCAGUCUUUGCUGAAUUGUGAGCUCAUUUCAUCACUCCGCUGCUAUUGUUCGUGGGAUUUUUCUUAAAUGUAGAGAAGCAUAAACACUGGAUUCCCAGCCUUCAUGUGAAACCAGCUUGAAACCAGGCAAUGAGCGUAAUAAAACUACAGUUAUAAUAAAGCCUUAACAGUAAGAAUAAAUAGAUUAAAAACCCCUUGUCUCUUCACCCUUACAGCAAAACUAGAUGAUGCAUUUGGUUAUGAUAAUUUGAUUUCAAAAAUUGAUAAAGAUUAUUACAGUGGUACCUCGGGUUAAGAACUUAAUUCAUUCUGGAGGUCCGUUCUUAACCUGAAACUGUUCUUAACCUGAGGUACAGCUUUAGCUAAUGGGGCCUCCUGCUGCCGCCGUGCCGCCAGAGCACGAUUUCUGUUCUCAUCCUGAAGCAGAGUUCUUAACCUGAGGUACUAUUUCUGCGUUAGUGGAGUCUGUAACAUGAAGCAUCUGUAACCUGAAGCGUCUGUAACCCGAGGUACCACUGUAUUAUUAAUUUCUUAAAGGCAUUAGUAAUGCCACUGACAACUUUUCUCCUGGGGCAAGCAGGAACUUCAGGGGUGCUGUGUAUAUACACUAGGUCUAAAGUGGGAGAGAGGAGAAGGGUUGAAACAGUCUGAAUGCACCAUAGUCAAAAUCAAGCAUGCCUCCCUAUGUCUCUUUAGAGGAGAUUUAAAAACUGAUGUGCAUUUAAUUGUGCAAUCGCACAGUUAACAUAUGGUGUUAGACAGUGCUAUUUUUGUAGAAAAAGAGGUGCUGGAACUCACCACAAAUGCCAUCCUUGUUCUCUUACAAUGGCAAUGGCGCCCACCUGAGUUGCAGUGAGUGCUGGCUGAAAAAAACCUUGGCGUUAGAUAUGGUGAAGUCUAAUGUUGUGUGAGUGAACAUCUCCUUUCUCCCCUCCCAACCUGCAGUGCCUAUGGUGAGAGGAAGUUCUUUGUGUUAGGAGAAAUUGGUUCUGUUCUUGCAGUGGCGUCAUUGGUUUGAGCCAUAUUGUCUAGUUCGACCCUAAAAUCUCCUCUUUGGCCUCUGUGUGCCAUGCCAACCUGUCCUCCAUGGCUGAUUUGUUCUGUCACUAUGGGAUGUUGCAGGAAAAAGGGUGCAAUGGUGCUUUGACUAUCCAUGACUUAAGUUGAUUUGCUAUCCUUAAGAGUCCUGGGCAGUCUGUUAUUAUCAUCAUCAUUUGUUAAAUUUGUAUCCCACCCUUUCUCGCAUGGGAGCCCAGCAAAAUAUUUAAACGGUGCAAUUUCAAAUCAAUUAAAAACGUUUAAACGCAAUCACAUACCCUGACAGUUAUUUAUUUCACGGUUGCCAUAACCAGUAUAUCUCGGCCAUCUCAUACCUGCGUAAAUGGGAAUAUUUUCACGUAUUUCAAAAAAAUCAGUCAUGAGAGAGACAGGCACACCUCACCAGGAAGAGCAAUUCUGCAAACGAGGAACCACCACACGGAAGGCCAUGUCCCGGGUCAAUGCCAACUUGGUUGGCAGCAAUGCAGGAGUUUUGGGCAAGGCGUCUGAGUGGUCAGUUGGACUUAACAGGAGUUCUGGAUCUAUGAAUGACUUUUGUCAAACUUAACCUGAGCUAUCAUUUCCUGUAUGGCAAGAGCUUUUGAACGGCACCGUGUUUGAGUGAAUUUCUUGAGCAGUUUCAGAUCCUUUCAGUGAAAAGUGACAGGUUCCCUUUGCUGUUUAGGCAUACAAUUGUACCUUGUUGAUAAGCAUAGUAGCUUCUGCAGGGCCUGCAAUCCAUCUGAUAACAACUUCCUUGAAUGGAAUAUUUUAUUAGCCCAUAUGGAUGUUUGAAAAGAAGGUGUGAACUUGAAAGCAUACAGCUACUGCAUUUUUGCUUUGCAUCUCAUUUCACUUUUUCAUCUUUGAAGUAUUCUUUUCCCUCCAACUCCCUUCCCCCAAAGGUAUGAAAGGUUACAGGAAAAAAUGAAUGGAUUAUGCUUCAGGGGCGCAUCUUUCAUUUCUUCAACCUUCGUAUAACAGCCUCACCCAUUGAACCUGGUUGCUUCUGAUACUUGCUAUAGGCACAUCAUUCAGGGUUGCAGCUGAUCUUUCAGUCUCUGAUAAAAAGGUCUUGUUUCAUAAUUGAUUUAAAUCCUUUUCCCCUUCACUAUUUCAUAUAUUUCUAAAAAAAAUGAGGCAUGCAAAUUUGGUUGAUUCACUUAAUUUAAUUCACAAGUUAAUGGAGCGUGUGUAGUGUCUUGUAUAUACCGUAUUUUUUGCUCUAUAAGACUCACUUUUUCCCUCCUUAAAAGUAGGGGGAAAUGUGUGUGCGUCUUAUGGAGCGAAUGCAGGCUGUGCAGCUAUCCCAGAACCCAGAACAACAAGAGGGAUCACUGCUUUUGCUGCGCAGCGAUCCCUCUUGCUGUUCUGGCUUCUGGGAUUCAGAAUAUUUUUUUUCUUGUUUUCCUCCAAAAACUAUGUGCAUCUUAUGGUCUGGUGCGUCUUAUAGAGCGAAAAAUACGGUAAUUUUAUACAUGCACAAUGGGCUUUUUCUUAUAAGUAGCUGCAGCAGCCAUGAUUGCUUUCCUCUGUAGCCUGAGAAUAAAUAUGUGCAUUUGCACUGUGAGCAGCAUUGUCCUCUCCUCUUUUCAGUGUUUUCUUUUUUGUUCCUCCUGCUGCUGCUACCGUAUUGCAUAAUUCUCCUGCCUUCCCUCAAUCCAUCCCUUUCCUAGAUACAAAAAAGGAGGUAACAUUUCAGAUAUGUUGCUUCUUCCAUCCAAUGUGUACACAUGUGUCUUUGUUUAAGACAACUGAAGGUCGAGAACUUUCCAGAAGUAUGUUAGUAUGUAGUUGGUUACUGGGUGGAGCAGUUUAUUUUCAGAAGAUGAAAAGGGAAGGUUCCCCUUCUUUAUAGGCAAACACACUCAUAAUUUUGAGUAGUGAGCAAAUUGCAGAGCUCAGGCAAUUUGAAAUAUAACUUUUGCAUAGUUUUCAUAGCAUGUAUUUUACAGCAUGCAUACAUUUUUGUCCCUUGCAAGAGGAAAGGAUCAUAGCUCAGCAACAAAGGAGGAGGAGGGAGGAAUUCAUUUGGUCUGUUUUUUUGGGAAGACCAGUCUGAUAUGAUGAUGCCGAAUUUGCUUGUGGGUCGGAAUGCAACUCCUAUUCACAUUGCUCUCUUCUUUCUCUCAUUUUUGCAAUGCAGUUUUAGUGUGCAAAAAGUGCAUGCAAGUAGAUGCAUUUUAUUUAUUUUCAAAGCAUUGAAAGGAGCAUAUUUUCUGGAAGAAAAAAAAGUGCUUACAAAAUGCAUGCCAUUUAAAUGUUUUGUGGAUUCUGAAAAAGAAAUGCACACAAAACAGAAUGCAAUGAAGCUACAAUUGAGUGCCAGUGAGACCAAAUGGAACAGAGUGGCCUGUACAGCCCCACUUACUUUACCUCUAGAUUUCCCAGAUUCUUGUCACCACCAUAAAACACUGCCUAAAUAUUGGAAAUAUACAGACAAAGAAAAAUCAAAAUCAAAACAACCUGUGGGCUGAAAAGUCACCUACAAAUAGGAAGAUAGCUAUGUACAAGAAGUGACAGUUUUAGGCUACAAAUUCUCAAUAUUUGGGAUGUAAACCCAAGUAUCUAUGAUGUGAACAUAUAAAAAGCUGUCAUAUCAAAUUGGAACAUCCGCCCACUGAGCAUAGUAUCAUCUGCUCUGACUGACAAGUGUUAUUCAGUGUCUCAAGUACAGAAAGCACAUGAACUACCACUAUGGAUGGACUGAGAAGCACAAUUCUCCCCUGAGUUUUAUGACAAUGCAUGGGAUUCUGAGUGAAGACACUUCCUACAUUAAAAUUAUUAUGGAAGUCAUUAAUAACAUUAGCUAUAGCCAAUGUCAAAGCAUUUUAGAAGUCAUAUUGAUGGAUUUGCACUGUCCAGUUGAUAUCAGUGGGGCUUAAGUGUUUAAUCUUUCCUUGAUUUUGCCUUCUUAUUGAAAAAUUACUUACUGUACUAUGAAUGCAGUAAAUUAAGUUUGAGAUUAUGCAAUUCACAUCUGUAACCCUUGGUAACAAUUUUGUUCCAAUUUGUGAUCGUUAUGAAUAAAAAAUGAUUAAGUUCAAAAUAUGUCCAUUGAAAUGAAUGCUAGAAAAAGCAUUUUGUACUUGACUGUAAGUGUUUAUAAACAGUUACAUUUUUAAAAAGAAGGCAUUAAAAUACCACCUGUGCCUCAAAGCCAAGUAGCUUCAAUAAGCGUCUGAUUCUAAAAUACCUGAAGCUAUUAAUUUAUCAUGGUAUACUUGCUUGCUUGCCAAGUGUCAAGUUUCUCAAAGGAAGUUAUUUUUAGAUGUUCAUCCAACACAUUUUUAGCAGGCAAAUUCAUUUUUACAAUAUUUCUGUUAUUAGCUUGCCUUUUAUUUUGGAAAAAUAAUCAAAGUUGCAUCUAGACUAUUUCUAAGCUGUCCAGAUGCAUUUUUAAAAACUAUUGUUAUUUUCACAUUUUAUCCCUACUAAUAGGGACAUCAUAAAAUAUGCUGCAUGUUAGCAACUUAAAAUAAAUCUUUCUUAGCAGUGGCAACAAAUGAUGUUUAACAACUUUCCUGAUAAGUAAAAAGAUUUAACAGUUGAAACUAGCUAGCACUGUAUUGGGAAGCAAGACAAAACUUUUUAUUAAAGCAUUGGUACAGUUCCACCAUGUUGGUAAGUGCUAAUUAAAUUCCAGAAUGGAGAGAAGAGACAGCAUUACAGGUAUUUUUCAGUGGCUUGUUCAGUAUGAUGCAGUCAUAUGGUCCUCUGUGUAAUUCAUUCAGCUGAUCUACAGGAGCUUCAUGGGACCAAAUUAGCCAACCUACAAAACCAUCAUAUGGGUCUUCUUCUUCUUCUUCUUCUUCUUCUUCUUCUUCGAUCACUCGUAGCCGAGUAAGAUUGUUUUCCAUAAACACCGUUUUAACAAUGAGUCCAUAGGUGACUGUGGAGGCCAAUUUUGGAUCCACACGUCCUUCCACAGUGGGGAGACAUUGGUUUCCGGGCAGGAGUUGAUCACGGUGUGGAUAUGCCAAGCAUGCCUUCCUCUUAGCACAUUUCUCCCUUGCAUCCUGAGUUCGAGUGGGUAGGUUGUUUGUCAAAGCUGUGUAGAAGAGAGGAAUUUUCUCAUUUGAAGUGAGCAUUUUCUUAUGUGUACAUGUAUCAAAGGGUUCCACUUUACAUGACUUACAAGACAUUUUUCAUUCCUUUGCCUAUAUACCAGAAAUCCUGGUUGUUUUAAUGGGGCACUUACUUCAGGGUUGACUGUUUUUAGAAUGGUGGUGUGGUAGAAGUUUCUAGUAUAUUGGGAGAACUUCAGAUAUGAACUGUUUGGUCUUCAUAUGAAGCUGUCCUCUGGGUGUCCUACCUGAGGGCAAGAGAGCGGGGUGAGAGUCUUUUUCUGUUGUGGCUCCCUAUUUGUGAAAUGUUCACAAUUUGGUGCCAGGCUAAAACACUAAAAGUUUCCUAGGCAUUUGACAUAUUAUAUGAGAAAUAUUAUUUUCUGUCCAUUGUUUUUGCUCAGUAUGUUUAUGGGCCAUUAUCAUGGGUUUUCUUGAUUUAAUACUAUGCCUGUGGCUCUUAAUCCUUAGUAAGUUACUUUUUUCUUUGUAAGUGACAAAUGAUGAUCUGCCAACAUUGGUGUAAAAACUGUAUUGAGCCUGGAAGGCGAUCCAUCUUUCCCAUACAGCUGCCCUUUGCUACACAAUUGCACUUAGGAUGGAGGUAAGAUUUGUGAGCAAGUCUCCAGGGCAAGCAUGGCACACAGUACAGAAUUUAAGGCUGUUAUGCAAACAAAACAUUACUGUGUGCUGUUUGCAGACUCUCUUGGGUCAUUCACAGAUCCCUGUGGAAAUGCAGGCUCCCUCCACCAGAGAUAAACUCUGCUGUUGUUUACAUACUCACUUAUCUUGAGAUGAACAGCAAGGCCAAUCAAAAGUCUUUGAUUAUUUCCAAGUUGAUCUUUUUGCUUUGAAUUCUUGACUUCAGGAUGGUGUCUGCAUCUCCUAAUCAAGUUAGGCUGACUUGAAGCAAGGUCAGAGGCUGUUAUCCCAAGAUAAGAUCUCAUGUAAACAAAGCAGGAAGGACAAAGAAUGUUGCUAAAAGGCAAACAUUCACAUUUGAAAGAAGUUAUUAAUAGGGUCCCACAGGCUCUUCGAAACUCUUUCGCUCAAAAUUUUCAUUACUAUUUUGGGAGGGAGGCAGGGAGGAAUACGUUAUCCAUCAAAGUUGCAUUGCCGUAUCAGUGCAGAAGGAUCAGGCCAGCUACAUGCAACAAACAGGAUGAUCUCAUGAAAUUAUGUCGAAAGAGUCCCUUAGCGAUAGGAAAUAUUGGUGCCAGCACCAUGCAUUUGCAUGGUCAUUUUUAAGACGACUGUGUUCAGGUUUUGAUCAGUUGCAUUCGAAACAGAUGGAUUUCAAAAAGGAUAAGUGCAAAGCACAAAUGUGGAAUUAUUGCAGGAACUAGGACUAUGCCUUGGCUCACUGCAGUCGAGUUAUAUGAGAUAAAUCUCAGAUGCAUAGGAUUGCUGCUGUGGUUGACUUUCUGGCAUCUUUGUGGGGAAACGGUGUGGUGCAUAUUUUUCUCCUGUAGAGCCGGACUAGAUGAUACAUUAAAUAUGCUGUUGUGUUUAAUAUCAAAGUUUUUUAAUUAUUUGAAAAUAAUUAUUUAGAUCUGUUAUUAUCUGGGUUCAGACCUGGCCAUGGGACUGAGUCAGCUUUGGUUGCCCUGGUGGAUGACCUUUACAGAUAAUAGAACCGUGCUCCCCCAUGUGAUUCCCCUCCCUCCCCAGAGUUCUUGUAAAAUGUCCAGCCUUUGCUGUCUUCAAAGGGAAGGCCACACGCAAUUGGAUACAACCCCCAUGCUUUUUCUGUAGGAAGGGGAAAGGUUUGUCAUUGGAGUAUACAUAAUAACGCACAUAUGUUCAAGCACUACAUAUAUGCUUCUCUUUACAGCCUAAUUACAGAGAGCAAUAGUAGACGUGGGUAGCUGAUCACCAGUUAAAUGUGAUUUGUCUACACAAAAGUCAUAACAUAGAAAUUUGUUCCAGCCAGCUUCAUUGUUUGGUUCAGACAAUGGCAGGAGAUAAGUAGAUAAACUGGAAGAUGAAAACAAAGACAUAAGAAAGCAUGGUAGCAACAUUGCUUGAAGAGCAAUAUAUCUAAUCUACCCAGAAAAGAACACAAAUGAAAAUUGCAAAUGUAGACAGAUAGUUCUUAGAGGUUUUGUGAUGCAUUAAACAGAAUGGUUACGGAAGCCAAGAGGAGAUUUUCCAAGUUAAAGCUUACUGUAGGAGAAGGCUAAAAUUUUGCAAUUCAAUUAUGACAAUGACAAACUUUGAAAACAGCACCAUUGCCUGAAGUGUUUAAUAUUAUUCUGGCUGUAACAUUAAAACGACAGCAAUUUCCUCACUAAUGUGUAUCUAAUCUAACUGGCACAUCUCCAGGGCUGAAGGGCAAAUCUAGUUUCUCACCAGUGGAAUGUUUUAAGACGGUGCAAAUCCUUCCACACAUCCCUUUUCGUUUCAUUGGAAAGAUUAACUAUUAAUAGGUGAAUCAAGUACUACCAUUAAUAAGGAUCAUAGAAACAACAUCCUGCAUUAUAUCAUAUUGGCUCCCUUUGUUUCAAAAGCACAAAGCAAAAGGGCCUUACAUCAACCCAGGCUGUUCAAAGUGUUGGUCUGCUCUGAUUGACAGUGGCUCUCCAAGCUUGUAGGCUGAAACUUUUCACAUUACCUGGAUGUUCCAGAUAUAGAUCCUGGGACAUUUUACACAAAGCACUCGUGCUCCGCCAUUGAACGAUGGCACUGCACUCUGUUCUCCUUCCAUAGUAUCUAUUUUAGAGGUGUAUUAGUUGUGGGUCACUGAUAUCUUCAACUGUGUGGCCUUAAGUUGCACUGAGCGUUUGUGUACUGGAGGAGCCUUCAUUCUGUUUGCAGCUGUUUUGAUCAGAAUACCACUAAAUGUACAUAUAGAGAACCCUCAGUGGACCAGGCUAUCAAUGGCUACUAGCCAUAACAGCUAUGCAAUUACCUGCCAUGUCAGUUGAUAUGCUUUUAAAUGCCAGCUUAUGGGAAUCACAAUUGGGGGGAGUGCUGUUGCACUCAUGUCCUGCUUGCAGGAAUCUGGCUGACCACUGUGAGAACAGGUUGCUGGUUUGAUGGGCUUUUAGUCUGCUCCACCUAGUCUGUGUACUUAGGUUGGUGGAAGGAAAAGAGUUCCCGAAACUAACUUCCAUAGGCUUGUGCAUUCUACCUCUAGAAUGGAAGUAUUGAUGUGCAGAGGAAGAGGUUUAUGCUCUUUGCAUUUGCUCUGCCCCUGGAACUUUUUUCAGAGUAGGCAUGUAUUGUAAAUAUAUAGAUAGAGAUACUUGGAUUUACAAUGUUUUGCUGAAAUGCAAGCUCCAGUUAGAUAAACUCUGUUUCACAUGACGAACACAUGAAGAUUUUAGUAACAAGGGCUUUAAAACGGGAUGCUUGCUUUUGAAAGUGGCAGCCUGGCUGCUUUGAGUUGUGAAGCUCACUCAUAAUACCUUAAAUGACAAAUUCUCCAACCAGUAUAUAUAAAAUAUAACACUGGGCUAUGAUAAGUCCCUUUAGCACCCUCAAAACAGAUAGAACGUCAGCCUUCUCCUUUGGUGAACAAGCUGCAUGGAUGCCUCAUCCAAUGAAAUGUUGCCUCCAAUGAAACUUUACAAAUAAAUGCAUUCCAAACGGCCAUUUUCUAUAUAGUCAUACCUUGAGUUGAAUGCGCUUCGGGUUGAGCGCAUUUGUUGCACUCCGCGGCAACCCGGAAGUAACGGAGCGCGUUACUUCCGGGUUUCGCCGCUUGGGCAUGCGCAGACUCGGCGAAAAGUGACGCGCACAUGUGCGCGCAGACGUGCCGUUGCUAGUUACGUUUGCUUCUGGAUGCGAACGGGGCUCCAGAAUGGAUCCCGUUCAUAUCCGGAGGUACCACUAUAUUCAAAAAAUUGCAUUUGAAUGGGUUUUUAGAAGUUAUAGCAGGCUGGGAAGUUCACUAUAUUUCAAAGGAAUUGCAUUCUAAUUGUUUUGUGCUGGGUAUAAAUGUCAGCCUCUGUACACAAUUCAAAAACUCAGUUAACCCUAUUCUGGCAAAUUCUCUUGUGUUCUGCUUCUGUGAAUGUCCUCUGUGCACAGGCUGUUUUAACUUCAGUCCUCACUCAAAUGGCCUUGUGUAAGGAGGGGCUUUGGUUUUCUGAUUAAUAUUUCACUGCCGAGAGAUUAGUUCCUUAUGAGUAGGUAUGCAUAAAAUGUUAUUAUAAAUGUCUAAUUCUACUUAGAUCAGCUUAGCUUGGCAAUGUAAAUUAUUCAUACUUAAGGCACUGGAAUAUUGCCUCAUCAUUUAGAUUACAUAUUUAAGAUGCAUUGAGUGAAGGAGAAAUAUGAACAAGGGUUGUUUUGGAAUUUUCCAUAAUGCAUAGGAUUAAGAGGCAAACAGAUCCAAGAUAAUAAAAUUCAGCAUUGUAGUUCCCAAAAGUAGCCUUGUUAGUCUGUUGUAAAAAGGAAAACAGCUUUGUGGCGCAUUGAAGACCCACAGAUUUAUCAUGUCCUCAAAAGCUUAUGCUGCUAUAAAUUUGUGUGCCUUCAAGGUGCCACAAGGCUCCUGUUUUGUUUUCACUGGUAAAGCAUUUUUGUUAGAUUAAAGACCAAAGGAGGUAUUUUGUUCUUCAUAGAAUGCAUACUGCCCAUAUACUUCUUAAAAUGACCCAAGACCCCUGUGAGAUGCCAGAAGCUAAAUUUGGUAUGGAUUUGUUUACAGAGCUGGAAGCAAAUUUAAUAAAUCAAGGAAAUGGAUUUUUGAGCUCCUGUUGGGGAAAAGAUGAUGUGCUGUAGGAAAAAUCUAAACAAUGCAGAAGUUGGGUCGUGAGAUUGUAAGUUGUCUCUGCUGUUCCUGACUUGCUGAGUUCAAGAAUUUGUGGGACAGGCUUUGCAACAUAAUGAAUCUUCCCAUAAUAUUUUAUCUUUAUUGUCCAUGCAAGCCUAAUAUAAGUGUGUGUGUGUUUGUGUGUGUUUUAUGAGUUAGUCAGAAGAAGUUGGCAAGGAAUCUUACAUAAUUUUGUUUAGACUUGUUUAGCGUCUAGAUACAUUCAACAAAAUGUAAGAUUGAUUCAGAGUUCAAAUCUGCCUGGCUAUCAACUGGGUUGAGUGACAUGAGAACAGCUAGGUGUGGCUGGGCGUAGUAGAGAGACUGUGAACCUUUGCAUGUGUAUACCAAGCAAUUUUAUUUCAAUAUGUUAAGAUACAUUUUCAGGAUGCUUCCAGGUGGACACAUUUUCCGUCUUCCAGGUAUACUAGAUCUGAGUGCCAAACCAUAUAGGGAUAAUGCCAGUGCUGAAUCACAGUGGCAAACGGGUGGCUAGCUGGUUUAGCGUGGGUGGUGAAGUUCAAAUCAAGGAUUGGAAUAUAUACAUACACACACCUCCAGCAACUCCUGCUUGUUACCUUAUUGUCUUCUGGUUUUGCUGUCCGUUAGCUGUCAUAAACAAAGUGACAUGUAUGUACAGUUGUACCUUGAAAGUCGAACAGCUUAGUUCCCGAACGUUUUGGCUCCCGAACGUUGCAAACCCAGAAGUGACUGAUCUGGUCUGCAAACUAUUUUUGGAAGCUGAACAUUCGACAGGGCUUCCGCAGCUUCUGAUCAGCUGCAGGAAGCCGCACUUUGGUUUUCGAAUGUUUUGGAAGUUGAACAGACUUCUGGAACGGAUUCUGUUCAACUUCCAAGGUACGACUGUAUUACUGAAAAGAAAAAGAAACAAAAGUUGUGACUCUUAACUUUGUACAAUAAACUACAUUCCUGCCAAGCAAGAAGUGUUUUCACAGUUCAAUGACAUUUUCCAGACAGGCAAAAACUCUGGAGGAGAGUGUGGAGAAGGCUGGUUAGGGGUGUGCAGCCUAGAAGAGGGAGGUGAUGUGGCCUCAGGAGUAUCCCAGGAGUCCGAGACCUGCAUCUCCAUCCCUGCUGUAUACAGAUUAGGCCUUGGCAAACAGUUGGUGAAUAUUUAUCAGUUAGAGAGUUCUCAUGCUUCCCCAGAAGUAUUUAGUGAUGGAGCGGCUGUUUGCUAUUCCAUGCCAUGAAAAAUGUCUUAUGAAUCGUACGUGCCCAUUCUGUCACUUUGCUUGUCCACACAUUGUUAAGGAUUUCCAGUAGCCAACAACAUAAAGUAGGUUAGCAAAUUAUCUUGUCUUUAGAUGAUUAAUGUAAGGUAUUAGAUUUAUGAUCUUGUCCUUGGAGUAUUGAACACUACAGGGCUUGGGAGAAAUGAUAAAUCUUCAGAGGACCCCCUUUCAACUCCUGGAUUCGUUGACUUCUCCUGGAAUGUUGUCGUGAUAGCAUGGUUCUGCUAUGCCAAAGUGCUACUUUAGUUCCAUUAAAAUUGCAUAAGUAGCCUGUGUUGUGCAUCUUCAUUUUCAAAAUCAAAUGCUUAAUUGCAUUUCACUUCUGGCAUGAUCACACUUAACAGAAUAAAAGCUGGAGUCUAUUCGUGUUGCACAGUCAGGGGAAGAUUAGGCUACAGAUUUAGGCUUUGGGCAAGCCCCUCUCUUACUUGUGUGAAGUCACAUGUAGGGUAGAUGGUCAUGGCUUACCCAAACUGGGGAGGCUGCCAGGCCCAUAUUGGCCUGUGCUCCAGACAUUCCCCAGCCUUUGACCAAAUGCACACACUGAAAACCUGCCUCAGGUAUUUCUACUUACAGGGCUGCUCUGAAGAUCAUGUAGCUGUGGUUAUCAGGUAGCAAGUGCUUAUCAUAGGGCAGCUGACAGUGGACACGUGUGGCUGAUAAUCUCUCUCAAAAUUUUGGAGUGAUUGCCUGUUUCUAUCCAGAAUCAAAUUGUCCCUUCAUAACUUGUUUGCUGCAUGUUUGUGAAUCCACCCAGCCUUGGACCUCUGCUGUGUUUGGACACUGUAAAUUCCAGCAGUCAGCACAACAGCUGUAAAAAUCUCUCGUGUCCCUUAGUAUUACUGCAGCACUCUUGCCCAUAGGACUUGAGCAUUCCAGCUGGAUUCCUUCAUCCCAUUAUACCACAAAAGAAGGUUUAUUGGAAAGUGGAGCACUUUGAUCCCAGAGUGCUGUAAACACAAUAAACAUGACUCAAAACAAUUGCAACCUAACUAUUAUAGCCCCCUGGAUACAUGGUUUAAACUGGGGUGGACUGUUGAUCAUUUAACAGCUUUCACCCACAAUAUAAUUUGGCCUUAUUGACCAUCGUAAGUUGAAACCCACAGAUCGUUAGCGAUUAGGUGACUCUCAGGAACAGUAUGCAAAUUACUAACCAGAACAGCUGAAGUUAGUUGAUUGCAAAAAGAGAGCUAAGAUUGCAAUAGCUAUAUAAAAGCAGUCUUAAAUUCAUCCACUUGAAAUUUUGCUGUUACUUUCAUUCUGGAACUGGUUCCAGAAAAGUACGUGCAGACUGUGUAAUGUUUUCUAAGUCUGAAAAAAAAAAAGUUCUGGGAGGAAUGCCAAAACCAGACACUAUUUCCAAGGGCAAACAGCAACACUGAGCUCAUAUCUUCAAAUCAAACACCAUAUUCUGUCCUUCUGCUACAUCAGAUAUGCGAAAUCUUUGGCCCUCCAGAUAUUGGUGAACUACAAUUCACAUCUUUCCUGGUCAUUGUCCAUGCUUAUAGAGGCUGAUGGGAGCGGUGGUUCAGCAACAUGUAGAUGGCACAUAUGUACUACAUUCUCGUGACUAGGUAGACCUUUUCAGUGGCAUCUCCCUUUCACUUUUUUAGGAGGAGAAUGUUUCUACCGUCUUAAGAACAGCAAAAAUACAAUGAGCGAUUAUAAGCUUGUUUGCAACUAAAUUUCAGAAAAACUUACUUUCCUCCCCUCUUUCCUUUUUUCUUAUAGGCUUUCGAAAGAUAAGCCUUGAUGAUCUCCGAAAGGCUUACAUCGUGAAAGAUGUCCAACAGUAUAUUCUUCAUCGCUUAGAUCAAGAAGAAGCACUGAGACAACAUCUCACAAAAGAAACUGCAGAAAUGUUGAAUCAGCUUCACAUUAAAAGCAGUGGAUGCUUUCUGUAUCUCGAGCGUGUCCUAGAUGGAGUAGUGGAAAACUUUAUCAUGUUACGAGAAAUCCGCGAUAUCCCUGGGACACUCAACGGCCUCUAUCUUUGGCUUUGUCAAAGACUUUUUGUGAGAAAACAGUUUGCAAAGGUCCAACCUAUUCUGAAUGUAAUCCUUGCUGCUUGCAGGCCACUAACUACAGUUGAAUUGUUCCAUGCAGUAUGGACCAAAAACAUGGCAUUAUCUAUGGAGGACUUCCAGCGCAAGCUAGAUGUUCUGUCGAAAGUUCUUGUCGAUGGUCUCGGAAACACAAAGAUCCUUUUUCACUACAGCUUUGCAGAAUGGCUGUUGGAUGUAAAGCACUGUACACAAAAAUAUUUGUGCAACGCAGCAGAAGGGCACAGAAUGCUUGCAAUGAGUUACACCUGUCGAGCCAAGGAUUUAUCGCCUCUGGAGGCUCAAGAAUUUGCUUUGCACCUAAUUGAUUCCAACUUGCAACUGGAAACCUCUGAACUGGCUUUGUGGAUGAUCUGGAAUGGUACGCCUGUCAAAGACUCUUUGUCAACGUUGAUCCCCAAAGAACAAGAAGUUUUACAGUUGCUGGUAAAAGCCGGUGCUCAUGUCAACAGUGAGGACGAUCGGACAUCUUGCAUUGUACGGCAGGCUUUGGAAAGAGAAGAUUCUAUUCGGACUCUAUUGGAUAAUGGUGCUUCGGUAAACCAGUGUGACUCGAAUGGUAGAACACUCUUGGCUAACGCUGCCUAUAGUGGCAAUCUUGAUGUAGUCAAUCUGCUAGUUUCCAGAGGAGCAGAUUUAGAGAUUGAAGACACGCAUGGGCAGACCGCACUUACUCUAGCUGCUCGGCAGGGCCACACCAAAGUUGUCAACUGUUUGAUUGGGUGUGGUGCUAACAUAAAUCACACGGACCAUGAUGGGUGGACAGCCCUGCGAUCGGCAGCUUGGGGCGGGCAUACUGAGGUGGUUUCUGCACUCCUCUAUGCUGGAGUAAAAGUAGACUGUGCAGACGCUGACAGUCGGACAGCCUUGAGAGCAGCAGCUUGGGGAGGCCAUGAAGAUAUUGUGCUGAAUCUGUUGCAACAUGGGGCUGAGGUCAACAAAGCGGAUAAUGAAGGUAGAACUGCUUUAAUUGCAGCAGCAUACAUGGGGCAUAAAGAGAUUGUGGAGCAUCUGUUGGACCACGGAGCAGAAGUAAACCAUGAGGAUGUGGAUGGAAGGACUGCCCUCUCCGUUGCUGCUCUUUGUGUACCUGCCAGUAAAGGACAUGCUUCAGUUGUGAGCCUUUUAAUUGACCGGGGCGCCGAGGUGGACCAUUGUGACAAAGAUGGCAUGACCCCACUGCUAGUGGCAGCCUACGAAGGACAUGUAGAUGUUGUUGAUUUGCUUCUGGAAGGCGGAGCAGAUGUAGACCAUACGGACAACAAUGGCCGCACCCCUCUUCUUGCUGCAGCUUCCAUGGGCCAUGCAUCAGUUGUAAAUACUCUUUUGUUUUGGGGGGCAGCUGUGGAUAGCAUUGAUAGUGAAGGACGGACGGUUCUUAGUAUAGCCUCUGCACAAGGCAAUGUUGAAGUAGUACGGACUCUGCUGGAUAGAGGGCUGGAUGAGAAUCAUAGGGACGAUGCAGGAUGGACACCUUUGCACAUGGCAGCUUUUGAAGGACACAGGUUGAUAUGUGAAGCACUUAUAGAACAAGGUGCUCGAACAAAUGAAAUUGAUAAUGACGGGCGCAUAGCCUUCAUAUUGGCUGCCCAGGAAGGUCACUAUGAUUGUGUGCAGACCUUGCUGGAAAACAAAUCUAACAUUGAUCACAGGGGCUAUGAUGGGAGAAAUGCUCUCCGUGUUGCUGCUUUAGAAGGCCAUAGAGACAUUGUCGAGCUACUUUUCAGUCAUGGAGCUGAUGUGAAUUACAAAGAUGCUGAUGGCAGGCCAACACUGUAUAUCUUGGCUCUAGAAAACCAGCUAACGAUGGCGGAGUAUUUUUUAGAAAAUGGUGCAAAUGUCGAAGCCAGUGAUGCUGAAGGAAGGACUGCGCUCCAUGUUUCCUGCUGGCAGGGCCAUGUGGAGAUGGUACAGAUGCUGAUCACGUACCAUGCUGAUGUGAAUGCCGCAGACAAUGAGAAACGCUCAGCUUUGCAGUCUGCCGCGUGGCAGGGCCAUGUCAAAGUAGUUCAGCUUUUGAUAGAGCGUGGGGCCCUAGUGGACCAUACGUGCAAUCAGGGUGCUACUGCACUCUGCAUUGCAGCCCAAGAAGGGCACAUCGAUGUUGUGCAGAUAUUACUGGAGCACGGUGCCGAUCCAAAUCAUGCGGAUCAAUUUGGGCGCACAGCUAUGCGCGUAGCUGCAAAAAAUGGACACACGCAGAUAAUUAAAUUACUGGAAAAAUAUGGUGCUUCUACUCUAAAUGGCUGCACUCCUUCUCCGGUCCAUACAAUGGAACAAAAACCUUUGCAAUCGGCAUCUUCAAAGAUGCAAUCCUUAACCAUAAAAUCCAAUAGUUCGGGGAGCACUGGUGGGGGAGAUACGCAGCCUGCUUUGCGUGGCUUGUCUAAUGGGCCAGCUCAUGCCUUUAGUUCUCCUUCUGAAUCUCCCGAUUCGACAGUUGAUCGGCAGAAGUCCUCCCUAUCCAAUAAUUCAUUAAAAAGCUCAAAAAACUCUUCUCUGCGCACAACUUCAUCUACAGCGACUGCCCAGACAGUACCGAUCGACAGCUUCCACAGUAUGUCCUUUACGGAACAAAUACAGCAGCAUUCGUUACCCCGCAGUAGAAGUAGGCAGUCUAUUGUUUCUCCUUCCUCCACAACUCACUCCUUAAGUCAGAAUCAUAGUUCGCCAAACAGCGAAUUUGAAUGGAGCCAGGUGAAGCCCAGCUUGAAAUCCACAAAAGCCAGCAAAACGGGGAAAACGGAGAAUUCCAACAAAUCCGGGUCUGCUGGGAAAAAGGUGAAACAGAGCACCUCCUCUCAACCAAAAGUCCUUGAAUAUGAAAUGACUCAGUUUGAUAAAAGGAUACCUGUUGCCAAAUGUGGGGCCGGCGUGCCCCUUAAAUCAAUGCCUAGUGACACUCAGUGUAAAAUUUUAGUCCCUCCAGUCCAUCAGGAAGUUUGCCGGUCUCAGCAGCAGUUCCUGAUCCACCAACAAAGUGGGGAGCAGAAAAAGAGAAAUGGAAUAAUGACUAAUCCAAACUACCACCUUCAGAGCAAUCAGGUUUUUCUUGGCAGAGUUUCUGUCCCACGAACAGUACAGGAUCGAGGGCAUCAGGAGGUUUUGGAAGGCUAUCCUUCUGCAGAGACGGAGCUGAGCCUUAAGCAAGCCUUAAAACUUCAAAUUGAGGGGAAUGACCCAAGCUUCAACUAUAAGAAGGAAACACCAUUGUAAGAGGUGAGGCACUUUCAGCAGGGUGGCAAUGCAGCAGGGUGGCAUCAAAAGCCAAUGGGGAGAAGACCUCAUGUCCUUACCAAUCAACAUUGUUCAAUAGGACUGGAAGCAGGGGGCAGCCAGAUCAGUACCUUACAUGCUCAUGGUGUUAAUUGACCAGAGGCAUCCUAUGUAAGUCUCAUCAUAUUGCAUCCACAAUGAUAACAAUAGUCUUCUCUCCAAUGCCUCUGCACAACUGUGGGGUCCUGUAGCUCAGCUUCCGCUCAAAAGCACUGACUGAUAACUGUCUGGCACACCAAUCUGUCAGCCACCUCUGACCAAUUUCUGGAUGCUAUGUGUACAUUUAAAUUAUUAUUAUUAUUAUUAUUAUUAUUAUUAUUAUUAUUAUUAUUAACAUGAGUUAUUUGAUGUGUAUGCUUCACAUAUAUUUUUAAGAAAAUGAAUUUUAUCUCCUAUUGAAUGGCCAAGCUACCAUUGUUAAUGAAGCUGUACUGCUUGGCAUGGUACUAUUUACAGAUAGCAUGGUACAGAUAGCAGCAUAAUAACAUGCUAUCUGACCCUGUGUGUGUUAUCAUUUCAAACUUGAUCCCUGCAAAAGAAAAUGCAUAAUUUAAGGUACAUGAUUUUCUGUGAUCACGACUACAUGAGAUAGAUUGCCACAUACAGCAGCUUAUUCAUAGUUUUGAGAUGAUCUACUUAGAAUGUAACCAUUUUAUGUUUUGUUUUGUUUUUGUUUUCAAGGCAGCUCCAUGACACCAUGAAUAAAAUGAAGAGUUUCUGCCUGGAAUGUUUUGUCACCCGGGCUGGAAUCAAAGCAUGUCUUGCUUGUUGAACCACAUUGAAAAUUACGAAUGUGAUCACUGCAGUACAGUUACCUUGAUUACUGUAAUGUGCCUAAAGAAAAAGAAAAAAUAAGGCUGCCUUCUUAAAUGUAACCUUCUGUGCUUCAGAAAAAAAUUAUUUUGUGUACUUUGUACUUACUACACAGAAUAAGCACUUUCUUUUCUUCCUCAGUAGCAGAACAAGAUACGUUGUAUUUCCACUCACACAGCUGAAAAGUUGUUAAGAGCUAGAAAUUUGAGUUCUCUGUUUCAGAAGGCUUUAUCAGUGUAAAUGUGCCACAGUGGACUUUGUGACAAACAGCAAUGCUUUCUGUAUUUAUUUUACAUUCAUGUGCAAAAGAAACUCUGCACACGGUCAAACAGACAAGGAAUGUUCAAUGUCACCUCAAAGACUAAGGGAACCCCUCCUCCAUUGACCCAAGCUAGAGUUCCUGUUAAUUAUUUGAACCCACUUCUAGAAGUGUUGCGGCAUACUUUUGAUGUAGGACUUUUGGUGCCAUUAGACUUUUUGUUGUUUUGCUGCAGGGUCCACCAUGAUCAAAAUCCACAUAAAAGACCCCAUCUGUCCUCUUUGCAUGGAGAAUAGAUAAUGUGAAUUGGCUCAUCCCCAGAUCACAGCCACAGCAGCAGUUGAUACCACCUGUGGUAGCUCAGAAAUCACAACUGCAGUCUCAGACAUCAGUGUCUGAGUCUGGAGAAUCUGGUUUAUGCAUUGCAUUCUGUAUCUGCUCGUGGGAGCGUAAAGCAACAGAAGCCACAGCAAACAUGUAGCGUGGGGCAGAUUUUGAAGAUGUAAACUGGCUCAAAACACAAGCUACUCUUCUGUACACGUAAAAUCACAUUUGCAUUGCUGUAAUGUACAGUUGGUUUUCUGUGUUGUUCAGAUGUUUCUCAUAAGGAAAGCAACUCUUGUGACAGUAUUGGCUAACUUCAGUACUUACCUUCAGCCUGGGGUGGGGAGAGGGAGGGAGUACAACUGCAAUUUAUUGGGUCCUGUCUCUGCUACUUGUUUUAAAGGCGGUUUAUGAAGGAACAGUUCUUCAGCAUCAAGGCCAGUUUUCAUACUACCCACUUAAAUGAUGGUAACUUUUGUUAGCUGCUUUCUCUUGCCCAGGGCAUCCCAAAGUGACUUAUCUGGUUUUGCUUAUGAGCAUAUAAAAUAGCUCCAGAUGGAGUCAGGUCUUAGGUCCCUUAAGUCCAGCAUGGUAUGUUCCCAGCCCUGGAACAAAAAUCCUUUAACUCAGGGGUGAGGAGCCUCUGGUCCGUCAGACGUCCCAUUCCCAUCAGUCCCAGUCAUCAUGGCCAAUGGUGUGGUAGUCCAAGAACAUAUGGAAGCCCAGUUUCCCCAUCUCUGCUUUAACUAAAAGUGCAAGGGAUUGGAUAUGGACCCUUCUACAUGUAAAACAGGAGUGGGGAACUGUUAGCGUCUGGCAGGCCAGAUCUUUUAUCUCCCCCACUCCAUCAGGCCUAUCUUGGUCAGGUAUGAUGGGAGCUGCAGUCUUAAUAUCUGGAGAGCCAAAGGUUCCCCAUUCUUGACCUAAGUACGAAGGUAAAAAUGUUGCUUGGUAAGAGUGUCAAAUCAUUACUCCCAACUUGCUCUGAACUUAAGUACUGGAUAUUUUCAACACUGCACAAGAAUAUAGCUCUUCUUUCAUGUUAGAUGUAUUGAUCUGUAGAAAGACAUCCCUAAAGGCUGCCUUUCUCUCUGGAUCUCGGCUGUCGCUGAGAUUAUAUUUAUUUGUUUAUUUGUGUGUUUUUAAAUUACAGUAUGUACCUUGUGACUAGAUGGUGAUAUUUCUGGCCAUUUUCACAAGAAGGCUACGCAUUGCAGAAGUCUUCAUGAUUUUCAGCAGACUAUAAUCUUAAUGUCUCUAAAAGAGCUGGUGGUGGUAACAUGCCCAAACACAGACACCAGCUAUAGGAAGGUCAGCUGAAAAGUGCUACCUUUCAGAUAAUUAAAAUAAAAGUUCCUGCACAUUUUCAGAAACGCUUAGGAAUGCAGCAUGUGUUUCUCUGUUUAAAAAUAUCCAUUUGACAAGAGUGUGAGAUUGUUCCGCAUUGCUUUAAUGUAUGAUUUUUAAAAAUAUAUUGGCUUUUGUGGCCUCUCUCUCAAAAAAAGGUAAAAUUAAUCACCCUGAAAUAUUGGCAGGUCUGUCUUCUUUGCAAUUGUGAAUUGAUGUGUGUGGCUCAGUUCUGCUAACCCAUGACUUGGCAGGGCUGAUCAGCUAUAAUGCAGCAGAAUUCAAGACUUCUUACUUUUUUUUCUCGUUUCACAAAUCUCUGGUUCUGCUGUCACCUUUCUUUUCCCUAUAUUAUCCAAAGUCAUCCCUAGAGGAAACUAAAGAAAGUGUCACAAUUCAUAAUUGGAGACUAGGGAAAAGACUGAUGAGCGUUAAUGUCUGAACCAUAUGUGCGCCAGGGAAGUCACCUGAAAAGGGAAUUGAAUGGCAAAUUUACCUGUCGAAACCUUAGCAUCUUACACUAUAGUGAUACCCUUGUCAUGAUCAGUAUUGGGAAAUGGCUUUGUUUUUACUUAAAGCAUCAUUUUCUCUUGUCAACUAUGCUGCUAUGCAAAUGUCUGUUCAUGCUCGUUAUCCUCCGUUGAAACUCUUCAAAUAACAUGGUGCACAGUUAAGACUUUUUUCUGGAUUGGAUUGUAAAUAGCCUAUAAUGUACAUUGAAUUUCACAUUGUAAAAUUUUUAUUUUAUUUCUUGUAUUAUAUUAAGCAAAAAUCCUUAUGUAUAUGAAAGUGCAUAACAAAUAUAUUUGCUUUUCAAGCAGACAUUUGUUUUCAA